GAAUCAUUCCGUUCAUUACAAAAGGCAGCGCAAACCGAUCAGUUGGCACCCCUGCCCCGUCUCCAUCCGCUUACCACAUGUGUCAGUGAGUUGUCAGCCCUGCUUGGUGGAGGAGCGCCCGAGCCCACAACUUUUUUCUUAUCAAGUUUAAAUACAUCGUGUAAGAUACCGAAUAUGCCAUUCUUUUGCACAAGGCCUAGUAAGCACAAUUAAAUGAGAUUACACAAGUCCAGAGCGAGAGUGCGAGUGCCACAGACAAAGCCCCGGAUGGACAGGUUAAAGACGGAACGAAAGAGGAAACAUGCAACACACGGAAGACCCAUUUCCGCAAGAUCACCCGCUUAAAGGUGAGAUGCAGGAAAAUAAUCUCCGCCAAAGAUUGGAUCCGCAGCCCCAGCCUCAGCCUGAUACACAACAACAACAAGGAGGUGAAGAACAGCUGUUAAAACAUCGCCUGUCUUCGCACCAGCUGUCAGAACAUCACGCACAUCAUGUCCAGGAAAUAUCCAAACAUCCUCACGUCACGGCGGAUUCCAGUAGGAGGAGAGAAGAUGGAUUUAGGCAGAUGACAGGUCGGGAGCGGAUCAGCAUCAACAAAGACCUGAUCGGGACGCCGUCGAAUUUCCAGCACAUCGGCCACAUUAAUCGAGAGGUCACGUCCACUCAGACCACGGAGGAAGUCAGAAAUCUCUUCCAAAUGGUAAAUUUAUAUCAAGAACAAGUGGGAUUGUUACCAGGAAAAGUUGCAGAUGAAGAGCCAGUUGGAUUCAGCGGCGGCGAGGGCGUAAACCGGCGGGUCGAUAUUCCGCUGGCAGGUGAUCUCGGCUUCGCGGACACCGAGCAAGGGGAGGACCGGAUAACCAAACAUGAAGACCACCGCAAGAUUCCCCAGCGGCAGUCUCCGGUCCUCGAAGACACCUUGGACCGCGACCACGCCGACUACGAGGAGGUCGAACUGAGAAAUAACAGGAAGGAGAGGCUCGGAAUCCCAUCCGCUUCCGAGUACAGAGCCACUCACAAUUUCGACCAACAAAGACCAGCACAAACACCUCAACAGACGGACCAGGCGAUACUCCUGCAUGAUAGAGUCAAGCUCGGAGAGGACUUCGGAGAGGAAGAUCGAAAGGGGAAGAAAAACGCGAGGAUAUCUUUGUCGCCUCGUCUGCUCGGCUCCUCCAGCUCUCUGACAAGGGAGGGGAAACUUAG